UUAAUUUUUUUCUUUCUGAAUCCCAAUCUCUUCUCCAACUCAAUUGGAGUUGAAUUGAGUCUCUCUUGGAUCAGAGAACUCGGAGAGAGAUGGUAUCUUCGGCUCAGAAGAAGACUAUCCAGUCGAUUCUGGCAGCCAAGCUCGGUAAGCUUAGUAUCCCUCCCUCAGUAUCCACACCCGGUGAAGAUUUCGAUUUCUCCGACGUAUUCGGUCCUCAGGCCACUCACGCUGCGUCUUCUUCUUCUUCUCCCUCACCUUUCCUUGAAAUUGGAGAGCCAGAAGUCAUACACAGCCGAUCCCAUUCCUUUUUGGGCCCCUCGCCUCGACUUGCUACUUCCAGAUCCCUCUCCUUUAAGACCUUCGAUGGAGAAAACAGCGGUUCCCAAAACUCUGAUGAACAGGUAGAAAAUGAGCCCGAGAAGGCCAAGAAGCAGAAGGAAGAGAAUGGCAUGGGGACCGGUAAGACGGGCCCUGGGGAUUUCGAGAUUUUGAGACUUGUUGGGCGGGGGUCUUUCGGUAAGGUUUUCCUGGUGAGGAAGAAGAAUAGCGGCGGCGGAGAAAUUGGUGGAGACGAUGUGAUAUUUGCGAUGAAGAUGAUGAGGAAGGAUACCAUUAUAAAGAAGAACCAUGUCGAUUACAUGAAGGCUGAGAGGGAUAUACUCACCAAGGUUGUGCAUCCUUUCAUCGUGCAGCUUCGGUAUUCCUUCCAGACAAAAUCUAAACUCUAUCUGAUCCUGGACUUCAUAAAUGGUGGGCAUCUCUUCUAUCAUCUUUAUCGACAGGGAAUCUUCAGCGAGGACCAGGCAAGGGUUUAUACCGCUGAGAUAGUUUCUGCUGUUUCGCAUCUUCACAACAACGGGAUCGUGCAUCGGGAUCUUAAACCUGAAAAUAUUCUUAUGGAUGCAGACGGGCAUGUUAUGCUAACUGAUUUUGGAUUGUCAAAGGAAAUGGAUGAAUCCACCAGGACGAAUUCUUUGUGUGGUACCACAGAAUACAUGGCUCCAGAAAUUCUACUGCGUAAAGGGCACAACAAAGAAGCAGAUUGGUGGAGUUUAGGGAUACUGUUGUAUGAAAUGUUGACAGGGCAGCCACCUUUCACGCAUGCAAACAGACAGAAGCUUCAGCAGAGAAUCAUCAGCGAAAAAAUGAAACUUCCCUCAUACCUAAGCACCGAAGCCCACUCUUUACUCAAAGGGCUGCUACAAAAGGAGCCAUCGAGGAGAUUAGGUAAUGGUCCUGGUGGAGAGGUUGAAAUCAAGAACCAUAAAUGGUUCCGACCAAUCAAUUGGAAGAAAUUGGAAUCAAGACAAUUGGAACCCAAAUUCAAGCCAGACGUGAGUGGGAGAGAUUGUACAGCCAAUUUUGACAAGUGUUGGACAUCAGAACCUCCGGACGACUCGCCAGCUUCAACUCCAACAACCAGUGAGCAUUUCCAAGGCUAUACUUAUGUAGCACCUGGCCCUUGGCUUUCAGGUUGAACCAUGAAGCCACUGCCAAUUACCCUAUUAACAUUGAUUUGGUCUUGUGUAGGCAUUCAUUGACAAAAAUGGAAGAAAAGAAGUGUAACAAAACUAAGAAAUUCUAACCACCUUCUGCUAAAUCCAUUCAAAUUAUUAAGUAACAUGGAAGUGA